AUGUGUGGUUUGCUGCGUUCUUAGACGCGUAAAAGAAGAGCAGGAGGCAGUAGAGAUUUUCCAAACAAACUGGCUAACAAUAUUUGGACUAGAUUUAACGAUGUACAUUGGCGAAACAUGAUCUCAGUUAGUAAUAUUCUGUUGUUCGGUCAAGUCUUUCUGCUGAUCUCCGUGGUUCUGCUUCAGUUGCUGGAGGGCAUUCACUCCCAGAAUUCCUCGUUUACAACCACCACUAGCUCGGAGACUACUGGUUCCUCUGCGGGCCCUCUAACAACCGCGCUUCCAUUCAGUGAACUGCCUCAGCUGCAGCCUGACUCAACAGUGGAGAGUGACAAUGACACGGAGAGAUUGGAAUACAGGCCCCCGUCACCCGUGAUUCUCUGCAGCUUCCUACCAGAAGAGUUUAUCUACUGUCAGGAGCCUAUUGACCAUGCAGGAAACUACACUGCUCUGCAGGAGUUGGGACAUGGAUGUGCAGGAUGGGGAGGCCAGACACAGAAGGAAGUAAACACUACUCGUGUCAUAUGCUCUGCACUGGAUAAUAUAGAAUGUGCUGGACCUAGAGAAUUUCUCAGAGACAAUGUUCCCUGUAUCAAGCUCUUUGCUUGUCUCAGAUACACCGGACACUAUUUCAUCACCACACUGCUUUACUCGUUCUUCCUGGGUUGUUUUGGUGUGGAUCGUUUCUGUCUGGGUCACACUGGCACAGCCGUCGGGAAGCUGCUGACGCUGGGAGGUUUGGGAAUCUGGUGGUUUGUGGACUUGAUCCUUCUCAUUACUGGAGGCCUGAUGCCCAGCGAUUAUAGCAACUGGUGUACUUAUUACUGACCCCUUUUACAGGGGGGUGUACUUUUUUAAGGGUAGGAGUGCAAGGUGAUGAGGACACCUGCAGCAUAAUGUUCUAAAAGUAAUCACAAAAAUAUCUUAAAAUUACACAGCUGGUCAAUAUUCAAACCAGUUGCAGACAUUGAUAUUUACUGCUUCUAUAAAAGAAAUACACAAGUCUAUGUAAGUGAUGAAGUUACUUGGUAUUGUUACUUGACAUAUAUGUUCAAGAGAAUGGUGGAAUAGAAAACCAAGCAAACCCUCAGAACAGCAAACUCCAUCAGUUUGGAUAUGCAACCAACUAUAUUCUGUAGCAGGCAAACCAUUCCAAUAUUCCUUAAAGUUAAAAACAAGUUUGUCUAUGAUAUGAAUAAUUUCGAUCACUGUUAUUGUGCUCAAUGUGAAGUUAUCUUAAGGAAGUAACUCCAUCCAUCCAUCCAUCCAUCCAUUUUCAUCCGCUUAUCCGUUACCGGGUCGCGGGGGCAGCAGUCGCCACCCAAAUCACACUGCACCGUACCAACCCCCCCAAACCUUCCUGCGGGUGGUGA